UAGUUAGAAAAAAAAAAAAAAAAACUCUCUCUCUCUUUCUUUAUCUCUCAUAAACCGCCAACAUACAUGCGCUUCAUAAAUCAGCAAAGCCUUAAAGUUGCUUCUGUGUUCGAAGACGACAACUUUUCCUUUAUUAUUUUUCUCACUCAGUUUCAGUUAAAGUACCUACCUUCUGCUUCUCCAUGCUUAAACCAGGAAAGUCUUUGUUCUGAUCUCAAUCGAGAGAGAUGCAUGGUUGUGGAGUGUUCCACAGAGUUGAAGGUCUCGUAAAGUUUGAUCAAGAGAGAUAGCAAUAGGAAUAGGCAUGAAUAAGAUGAGCAAGUUGAGUUGUGUUAGGAGCUCUGAUCUCAUAGAUGCAAAGCUGGAAGAGCAUCAACUGUGUGGAUCCAAACAGUGCCCAGGUUGUGGUCACAAAUUUGAAGGGAAGCCGGACUGGCUAGGCCUUCCGGCGGGAGUGAAGUUUGAUCCAACCGACCAAGAACUCAUAGAACAUCUUGAAGCCAAAGUUGAAGCAAAGAACAUCAAAUCACACCCUCUCAUAGAUGAGUUCAUUCCCACUAUUGAAGGAGAAGACGGCAUUUGUUACACCCAUCCUGAGAAACUUCCAGGAGUGACAAGAGAUGGGUUAAGCAGACACUUCUUCCACAGGCCCUCAAAGGCUUACACAACAGGGACACGAAAGAGGAGAAAGAUUCAAAACGAAUGCGACUUGCAAGGAGGGGAAACCCGAUGGCACAAGACAGGUAAGACAAGACCAGUGAUGGUGAAUGGGAAACAAAAGGGUUGCAAGAAGAUUCUGGUGCUCUACACCAACUUCGGGAAGAACAGAAAACCAGAAAAGACAAACUGGGUGAUGCACCAGUACCAUCUGGGACAGCACGAAGAAGAAAAAGAGGGAGAGCUUGUGGUGUCCAAGAUUUUCUACCAGACACAACCGAGGCAGUGCAAUUGGUCAGAUAGAAGUGCCACAACCGGUGAAGGAAGUGGAGAACAACAAGCCAACACUAAUGGAAGAAGAGACAGUGGAAGUGGGAGUUGUUCUUCGAAGGAAGUUCUCACUCACAGAGAUGAAAUGUCUGCUAUCGUUGGAGUCCCUCAAAUAACAACCUUCAACACUGCCUUGGACAUUCAACAACUCAAAUCCGACCAAUUUAGCUUCAUUCCAUUCAGAAAAACCUUCGAUGAGGUUGGAAUAGGAGAAGCUUCCACGGGAAGAGAAGUGCAAGCAUCAAGGUCGUGUGAGGAAGUACAUGAAGGGCAUCAUCAUCAUCAUCAACAACAACAGCAGCAAAAUCAGCAUGCGCAGCAACAAAUUUCAAGCACAGCAUUCCAUAUCAGUAGGCCUUCGCAUCCCAUCUCCACCAUCAUCUCUCCUCCACCCCUUCACCAUGCAUCCAUCAUCCUAGACGACAACUCCUACCAUGUCUCCAGAAUUAUGCUUCAAAAUGAAAAUUUCCAGCAACCGCAGCAGCAGCAUCAUAAACUAGGAGGAAGGUCUGCGUCUGGUUUGGAGGAACUCAUCAUGGGCUGCACUUCAACUGAUAUCAAAGAGGAGUCAUCCAUUACAAACCAACAAGAGGCUGAAUGGUUGAAAUACUCUUCUUACUGGCCAGACCCUGGCAACAUGCACGAUCAUCAUGAGUAGGAGGAGACAAAGAAAAAAAAAACACAAACAAGACAACAUCAUUGUGGUCAUCAUUAAUACUUGAAGCAUACAUAAAGUUUCUUUCGACAAAAAACCAAGUAAUGAGAUCGGGGCUUGCUCAUUUUCUUUCAUUUUCCAAUGGUGCAAGUUUGUGAUAAGCUUUGGUGGCUCUCAUCGGAAUUAACUGAGUGCAACGGAACAAAUUGCGAAGAAAGGGAGAAAGAAAAAAAGGGGAAAAGAAAAGAAAUCGAAACAAAGCUGCUCUUCCUCCUGACACAUGGUGAGGGAGAACGACCAAAGUUGCUGCAUAAAAAUCAUCACUACUAUGAUUACAGUAUCAUAUCCCUUUUAUAAUAUUCACAUUAUUUUAUUAUUUUAAGAUGUUUGUAUUGGUUCACAUUCCCCGUUUUUCUCCCAACGAGCCAUAUACAUAUAUAUUAGGUAUUAUUCCAUAUAUAUAGUUUAAGAUUAUAUUUUUACAUUAAACCAUUUAUGUUCGUUGUUAGAGAAUCUUCUACCAAACGAUUCAUAUAUUUUU